GUGUUAUCAUUUUUGUUUUGUGUGUUAAGCAUCUAGUGUUUUCGUUUUCAUGAUACCUACAUCGUUGGGAUAACCAACAAAAAUACGCCAAAGUAUAAUGAUAUAAAUGUGUGUCAAAAAAAUAAAUUAUCGGCCCGUGAUUAACAUUAAUGUGUACAAUUGUUAUUUACUUGCUGAUAAAAAUAAAAAAAUAACAAUAAAAAGAAAGAUACACAGUGCUACAGACAACAGUGUUGGCCGGGAAAUCAGCAUUUGAUGACGAUUUUCUGUACCAAAUGAAAUUUUUAACAAGCAUGUUUGAUUCCAUGUUCCUGAGCACGUUGACUCCGAAAUUUUAUGUCGCACUAACCGGGACCUCGUCUCUCAUAUCAGGUCUCAUUCUGAUCUUCGAAUGGUGGUACUUUAGAAAGUAUGGUACGUCGUUCAUAGAACAAGUAUCCCUGAACCACAUCUCACCCUGGAUUAGCGGUGGGGACAAUGGCUCCGAAAGUAAUGGCACAAGUGCAAACAACACAAACUCUUCCAGUCAGCAGAAUGUGCCCGAGUGCAAAGUCUGGAGGAAUCCUAUCAAUUUGUUCAGGGGAGCAGAGUACGGGAGAUUUUUCAACUCAACGAACAAAGAGCCUCUGACUUACUAUGACAUGAAUCUUUCAGCCCAGGAUCACCAGACCUUUUUCACGUGUGAGGGUGAUAUCGGCAAGGCUGAGUACGAGAUCAUGCAAACCGCUUGGAGAGAGCGAAGCACAUUAGUGCGCAUACAGGCAGCAAAAAAGGCACUGGAGCGCAAUCCAGACUGUGCACCUGCUUACAUUUUGCUUGCCGAGGAGGAGGCUCAAACUAUUGUAGAAGCUGAAAAAAUACUCAAACAGGUACUCAAAGUGGCCGAGAACAAUUACAGAAAGUCGCAAAAUACACAGCAUCAGGGUGCCAUAGCAGAGGCGAUACACAGGCGGGACACAAACGUCCUCAUCUACAUAAAGAGGAGACUCGCCAUGUGCGCCAGAAAGCUAGGCAAACUGAAGGAAGCUGUAAAGAUGUUCCGAGACCUUACAAAAGAGGUACCUCCUAUCAUGAACGUCUUGAAUAUCCACGAGAACCUGAUAGAAGCGCUCCUAGAGAUGCAAGCCUACGCUGACGUCCAGGCGGUACUCGCCAGGUACGACGACAUCAGUCUGCCAAAGUCGGCGACGAUAUGUUACACGGCAGCUCUGCUGAAAGCCAGACAGGUGGGUGACAAGUUCUCAACUGACUUCAUCAACCGCAGGAACCUGAGUGCCGUGGAGAUGGCGGCCGUUGAGGCGAUACACAGAGCCGUGGAGUUCAAUCCGCACGUACCCAAGUACCUGCUCGAAAUGAAGCCACUGAUUCUACCCCCGGAGCACGUGCUCAAGAGAGGUGACUCCGAGGCGAUAGCCUACGCGUUCUUCCACUUGCCCCACUGGAAACAGGUAGAGGGAGCCCUGAAUCUCCUUUACUGCACGUGGGAGGGAACAUUUAGGCACCUGCCUACGCCGUUAGAACGGGGCCACCUCUUUUACCCGUACCCAACGUGCACUGAGUGUGCGGAUCGCGAACUUUUACCCUCCUUCCACGAGGUCAGCGUCUAUCCCAAAAAGGAGCUGCCCUUUUUCAUACUCUUCACCGCGGGCCUGUGCUCGUUCACGGCUCUCGUAGCACUACUGACGCACCAGUAUCCCGACACUAUGGGCAACGUCGCCAAGUCGAUGUUAAGCUGGCUGUCGCUGCCCUUCAACUACGUCCUCGAAAAACUAGAGCCCGUCGCGCCCACGAAUCUCUGGCAGUACCUGCUGAAGACGCUGAGUCCCUAAAAAAGAAGCAACCAAUGGACUGUCCAAGGCGCGUUGUGGUAGUUUUUUCUGGUCAAGGGAGAGCCUGGUGAAAAUGGUCUCGAUUUGUUUGACACGCUUUUUUUAUUUACAUAGCUAAGAAUCUCUUUUUGUUAGGUAUUUUAUUUUAGACAAUUCGACUUUCUGUGAAAUUAGGUUGAGAUAAACUGUGAUAAUCCUUUUUUUUAUUUUUUUUUUUUUUUUAUACUUUUUAUUUGUAUUAAUUUUUAUAUUUUUACUUGGCUGAUUAAGAGACUUAUUAGAGAUCAUUGGCGCUAUUUUACAAAUGACUUGUUUUAAGUUUUGUUUUUGAAGUAGGUAGCAUUCCACCAGCCUCUAAAUGAAGAAAAAAUACUGAUUUCUAUCUAAUUACUUCAAAGUUCCCCAGAUAUUUUCACCAGGUGUAUAUCUCUGAACAAGCCCGAGAAUCUAAUGUGAUAUUUGCGAUACUUAAUCAUUUUUUCCGUUCCUUCUCUCUCAAUCGCACUCAUACCGUACUUGAAUGUAAUAAUAAAUAUGUACCCCAUUAACUUUCUCGUUCCGACUUUCUGGUAAAAAAAGUGCUCACAAAUUAAUAAAUCAUUUUUAAGGUCCCAAGCAAGUGUAUCUAUACUUGUCUAAUUGGGAUAUAUAAAACGCAUAUUUAUACAUGUAUAUUUCGUACCAUAUCACAAUAUUUUUUUCAGCCAGACGGAACUACAAUUUUAAGGACUGAUGAACUGACAAAUUUGUAAAAACAAAAUGAUUGAUUACUUAAUAAUUUAUAAGCUGAUUGAAUUAGUUGUUUUCAGUAGCAUUACCAAACUUAAUGUACAAAAUGCGAGUGUAAUGAGCAUAUAUGAUUCGAACUGAAACGAUACCGUAUUUUCGUUAAUUUUUUUUUCGUUCAUUAUAUGUAAUUUAUAUACUGAGUUAUGCAUUAAUUUUUUGAGGUGUGUGCGACAUCGCUCAUCACUAUGUAUGAAAGUGAUUUGAAAACUAAUUGAAACGAAUAAAAAGAAGUUUUAUUCCUA